CUGAACUUGUAUACGAGAUUUUGAGGUGCUAUUCUGGAUAAAUACCUGCCAUCAAUAAGGGAAUUUUGUGAGAUAAACCUAACGACAAAGGAUCCACGUCGAACAUUUUUUGACUAUUUUGUGCAGCCAAUGAAGCAGCAGGACCAGUGACGCGUUGUGCAAUCAUUUCCUACGCUCAUCCUCUGGCGUGCUGUGCUGGUGGUGCGGCCUGCGGUGGUGGUAGUACGGCACUGGUAUACAUGUACACACUCAUGUGUGAACCUGCGUGUAUCAGACAUAAAAUCUAACUAAAUAACAAAGUCGAAGACUGUAUUGUCACAUGGAAUAUAUAGAGCAUCUUUAUUAUUGUCUGACAGCUACUACAUGUACAUGUACCUCAACAACUCGAACAUUGAGAUUCUGACUUCUGAGUCCUUGACUCCGAUUGAUUUGUCUGCAUGUGCUGCUAAACCUGCGGUCAAUUUAAAUUUUUCUUCAACUUUGGAUUUUUAAGUCUCAUAUCGCACUGUUCUUGUUUGCAUAUUGUGAAGAAUAAUAGACUGCAUUUCAAUCAAUCGUUUACCAGUCCUCUGGAAUAUAUUUGUGGAUCUUAUUCAAAUCGAAGACAGUGACAAUUUUAAGAGGUGCUUUGUGGACAUCAGGGAUGAAGGAUAUUUUCGACAUUCGGUAGCAAAACAUCAAGACAUCAAAAUGAGUAGCAGAAAUGCACAUCACAGUUUAACGAAGAAUAUGAAGGCGGACCCAGAGAAGCUCUACACGAAGCUAGAGCGUAUCGGCAAGGGUUCCUUCGGCGAGGUCUACAAGGGCAUAGACAACAUCUGCAAGGAGAUCGUAGCCAUCAAGAUCAUUGAUCUAGAGGAGGCUGAAGAUGAGAUUGAAGACAUUCAGCAAGAGAUCACCGUCCUCAGUCAAUGUGAUUCGAUUUAUGUCACAAAGUACCAUGGCUCAUACCUCAAGGGCACCAAGUUAUGGAUCAUCAUGGAGUACCUGGGAGGAGGGUCCGCCUUAGAUCUUCUCAAGUCAGGUGCGAUGGAUGAGAUCUACAUUGCAACCAUCCUACGUGAAGUCAUCAAGGGAUUAGAUUAUCUGCACUGUGAGAGGAAGAUACAUAGAGAUAUCAAAGCUGCAAAUGUAUUACUGUCUGAGAAUGGCGAUGUCAAACUGGCUGACUUUGGUGUAGCCGGUCAACUCACAGAGACACAGAUAAAGAGAAAUACGUUCGUUGGUACACCGUUCUGGAUGGCUCCUGAAGUCAUUAAACAGUCAGCUUACGACUCAAAGGCUGACAUGUGGUCCUUAGGCAUCACAGCUAUCGAGCUGGCUAAAGGGGAACCCCCUAACUCUGAUCUUCACCCCAUGAGAGUCCUCUUCCUCAUCCCAAAGAACAACCCACCCAAGCUAGAAGGCAGCUAUACCAAGAACUUCAAGGACUUUGUAGAAGUCUGUUUAAACAAAGACCCACGGCAUCGGCCGACAGCCAAGGAGCUACUAAAACACCGCUUCAUUAAGCAAGCAAAGAGAACCUCCUACCUGACAGAGCUGAUUGAGCGUUAUAAGAGGUGGAAGGCAGAGGGUAACGACUCACCGGACUCAGACCCAGAGGAUAAUGAAUUCCCUAAUGAGUCGCUUCAGAAUAACUUACCUGAUUUUGACUACGGGAACACGAUCAGGGGACCACAGUACAUUCCUGAGCCUCCUCAACCUGAACCGGUUGAAUCUAUCCCUAGAAGACAACCUAAAUCAGAAUGCAUUCAGUCCCUCCUUGGUCCUAUACUCAGAGAUCUCAAGCGCAAGAAUGAGGGUUUAUCCGGUGCCAUCGAUGAGCUACAGAACAGCUUUGAUAUGGCAGAAGAGUCGAGUCCAGGAAUCUGUGAUAGAUUAGUCAGUCAGGUUGUCUCUAGAGUAGAAAGUCCUCCAAGACCAUCAGUGUCAAGAUCAGGUCAACAUUAACCAAUCAUCACACCCCCACCCACCAGCAGCCAUCGUGUCAUGCUCGUGAACAGAACUGUACCAGCAGCCAAGCAUGAGCAAGCAAGCCAAGACUGUAUGAACAAUGAUGAGCACGGUCAAUGAUGCGGCACAAGACACCAUUGUGUCCUCAUCGGUGGUGACUUCUUUGCGGCAGGCAUUCGUGUCAUUGUACAGGUUCAGAUGCUAGAUGGCAAGGAAGAGAUUAGGAUGUCAUUGAUGAUAUCAACAGAGAAGGGCAUUUUUCAGAAAGGGCGUAUCAUCGAUACCAAGCUGUAAAGAAGGAUGUGUGAUGAUUAUCAAGCGGUAGAGUGUGUGCUUUGAGAUGCUUAACCCAUUGCUUACUGGAACCGUGUGGCUCCUGUAUAAAGCCUAUGACAAUGUAUGAAUUCAGUAGUCAACCGGUUAAUGGCUAAUCUUUUCAGGAUUUGUCAGCAUUUGAGAGAAAGAAGUUUCUUGUUUAAAGGAGACAGAAGUGAUUGAUUGAUGUGUCCAUUCGCUUUCAUAGAAGAGUUACAGCCAGAGUGAGAGAUGAUUAGUAGAAAUGCCUUACUCCAGUUCUAGUACAGCAUGUAGACGUGUCUCCCUCCAUUGGUACUGCUAAGAACGGAGUCACAAGAAAUAGCCUUCAGACAGACAUUAUUAACAUCAUAACACUCUCUUGUUCCAGUCUACAGUAAUGACAGUAGAAAUAGUAUAUGUAUCUGGCUGGAUUUUCAUUACAUUUGAUGCUUGUAGACUCGGCUUCAUGGAGAGUCGUUAUGACAAACACUUGCGGAAAAACCCUUCUGCGAAUUUGUGCAUGUUCAUGAAAGAAAGGAUCAUCCCGCAACCUUUGCUUUUGCGAGGAACCCUUAUCUACAUUUUCGGGUUGUAUGCUAUAAGAUUGUAAUAUCCCUGUUACAAUGCAACUAUACUGCUUAUCUCUGUCUCGCUACAAUUUAAUAUGAUACAGUGUUACUGAGUAACCAUACAUUUACACUCUAGCUCUUGUAUAGGGUAAUACAUCCAUUAAUUCUUCUCUUUUCCUCACUGUAACACAGACCCUAGUUUGAUCUUCAACAUAAUCUUACUUACACUAAUACAUCUGAUAGAUAAUCAUCAGUGUAAUAUACUCAUUUUGACAUAUAAAUAUAUAUAUAUUUUUGCAUACUAUUUCUAUCUCUCAUAUAACCCCAAUAUUAUUGUAUGGCCAUAGGGAGAUGCCCUAACAGUGUUUAAAUGAAAGCAAGUUUCUCAUCAUUUUCCGGGUUCAUUUUUAAACAGAAUAUUCUGAAUUUACAUCAUAAUAUACACAAUUAACGAUUAUAGAGGGUGUUAACAAAAACAAAAGACAAUUCUGUUUUCCUUGAUGUACAAUGGCAUCAACAUACUCAAGGUAUUUGACACCAGGGGGGUGUUUCACAAAACUUGUCAUCAGUGACAAAAGACAGUCUUUGUUAUAAGCUACUAAAAUCCUUGCUCCUGAUUGGUUAUCAACGGAUUUGUCACUGAUUUUUGUCAUUUGUCAUUGAAAAAAGGCUUUGUGAAACACCCCCCAGGAUUCAACUUUGUUGUACUAUCUAAACUUUGUAAACCCUAGUGAUCAGACAACCUGAAUUCAAAAUUAUUUGGUCUACCUGUAUGUUUUAUGAGUAUUCUGAACAUGUAUUGGGCAAUGAUUAGACAGAAGAGCUGCUGAUGGGCAGGGGGGAAUCCCCUUCCUUAGAAAUGAACACACUCACACACAGACACACACUCACACACAGACACACACAGACUAACACAGACAAACACUGUUGGGGUAAACCUGUGGCCAGGGACCUGUUUCACAAAGCCUUUUUUCAAUGACAAAUGACAAAAAUUAGUGACAAAUCUGCUGAUGACCAAUCAGAAGUAAAGAUUUCAGUAGCUUAUAACAAAAACUGUCAUUUGUCACUGAUGACAAGUUUUGUGAAAUGCCCCUCAGGUUUGUUGAGGAUGAUAGUAAUAUUUGAGAUGUGCUUAUGAUGUACAUGUAGAUUUAGGCUUCCAUGUUGUCACUGGUUGGUUCCAGUCUCGCUUUCGUCAAUUUGAUAAUGAGUUUGAAAUGGUCUGUCAUCAUAUUAUGAUUUUUUUUUUCCUUCUCCAUGUAUGUGUGUUGUAAAGAAGGAACAGAUGUUGUAUAUGGUUGUAUUUAUUCCUUGUGUCAAUCAGAUUUUGGUAUUAUAGACUGAAUAUAAUUUCAUAUUAGAUGAAUUUCAUGGAUGUAGGUUUAUCGUUUGCAUAUUGACCUCUGACCUCUCAGAUGCAAUAAGUCUUUGAUGGAAACAUGUUUGAGGUUCGUAACCCAAUGUCAAGAUGCUUUUAUUCUAAUUUGUUUCUUCUCAAAGUUAAUCUCAAGCAGAGUCUUAUUCAUACAGCACCUAUAACAUUAUUCUUAUUAUUAUUAUUAUUACUUAUACCGCGCUUUUCCCAUAAGGCCCAAAGCGCUUACAGUGAAUGAAAGUUAAAAUUACAUAAAUACAUAUAAUUAGAAAAAACUACAAAUUGCAAAAAAGAUGUGUUUUUAAGGCCUUUCUGAAGGUAAGAACAUAUUUUCACUUCUGUGCUAUUGAUAUCAUUUCAGAAUCAUAAAAGGCCUGCUUCAUCUUCAAGUCCAAUCUGUGUAUUUAUGAAUCAUUUGAGGGCUAGAUUGUUUUGAGAUUACGUGCUUUCUGAUAUCCCAGAAGCAAUUCCAUCAUUGUUAUAAUUUAAAACAAUUGUUGAAGUAAUUUGCUUGACAAUACGAACUAAAAUAGGAUGGCUGUUUUUUAAAAAAAAUCAAGUAUGAUGAUAAAAGCUGUCCUGAAAAGCCCAGUUAUCAGGAUUUUGUCAUUUGAAUUGCACACCUCACAAUAUGCAAUAAUCAGUUGUGUGCGAUACAGUUCUGAAUCAACUUCCAUGAUCUUUACUACGUAAUGAUACCAAAUGAAUGAGCUACAGAAUCACACUCUCCAUGUAUAUAUAUUUCAUUCUGUUUGGGACUGUUACAAACUACUGUAAGAUGAGAGCAUGUUACUUCUCCACGUGUUAAGGUCAAAGGUCAAAGAGACUUGUCCUCUUCCAAUUCACUACUUCUCAUCAGAAACCUGCAAUCAUGUGAUCAUGUGACCUGCAAUCAUAGAAGUCAUGUGAUCCAUGUCAUCACAUUGGUUUUGAAACAAGGACACACUCAUGCCCACAUGGCCAUACAAUGAAGCAUUCUUCUUAAUGAUACAAAGUGAUGAAUAAUACCUGAUAAUAAUAAUAAUAAUAUAUUACAUUUUAUUAUUAUAUAAAUCACUUAAUACAAUGUUUCUAAGCACUCAACAAAAAUACAAAGUAAUGUUAACCUACAACAAUAUUAUACAGGAUACAUAAUUCUAAUAACAAUGUAUAUAAUAAUAAUGAUAAUAAUUGAUCUUUACAUAGCACUUUAUAAAUAAACAAACAAAAUAUAAUUUGAUUACAUAUUGAACAGAUAAGUUUUAAGUUUAAUCUUGAAGUUUUCUAAAGUUGGGACUCGUGUAUUUUAUGGGGAAGUUUGUUCCAAAGUUGGCUUUAGCUGAGAUACCCUAGAGAGGGAGGCAAUGAAGCAUUCAAUGAAUUUUUUCCUACCCGGAACCUAUUAGCUUUACCUGGGUGGAGAGUGGCGUAUGUAGACUAAUAUGUCUUGCUUAAGGACAUGUCAUCUGACGUUCAGAUCCAGAAGGGCCUUUAUUGUGUGUUGAAGUAUGAAAGUGAACACUCUUCAAGCUCCACACACUGUAUUACCAUCUGACAUUGAACCUACUCAGUCACAGAGUCACUUUGGGGUGCUGACUUACAAUGUAGCCCAUGCAAUGCAUAAUCCCAAUCUCAAUCCUGUGUCGUUAACAUACUAUGUAUUUUCCAUAAUAAUUAUAAUAAUAUUGAAUAUUUAGGAGCGCUAAAAACAAUACCGGUAAGUACCAUAGCGCUUACAAAUACAAACAUAUGAAAAAAGGACAAAAAUGUACAGUACAGGAAGUAUAUCACAUAGAUCAUUGGGGGGAAAAGUGAGUUUUGAGGGAUCUUUUGAAGGUGGCAAGACAGGUAAUUUCCCUUAUGGAAAGAGGGAUGCUGUUCCAAGUCUCUUAUGCAGCUACUGCAAAACGUUUUUCAGCAGCUGAGAGUCUAGAUGACUCUUGCAAAUUAUCUGCAUUUUAAGUACAAAAGUUAACACCCUUAUGGCCCUCAACAUUCAUCAUGUGAUUUAGUCAAGCAGUAUAAUGCCUUAUUGAACAGAGAGAAAGAAGUAGUGAAUUGUAAAAGGCUUCAACUGAAUUUACUUUGCAUGAAGCUGUGUCGCAGCGGAAUAGAGUAACCAAAUUUGAAGCAGCAUUAUCUUGAAGAUAGGAUUAAAGUUAUAUGGUUGUGUUUUUACUGAUUCGCUCAGAAGCAGUAGGCCCCUUGAAGGCUUGAUUUGUUAAAUUAUGAGAGAGUUUAUGUACAUUCUUUGAAUCAUAGCUAUUAUUUUUGUGUUUGAAAUUCAGUUUGUAUUAUUUUCUUUGCACAAAUUAUUCAGAGUGCUGCAACAGGUUUGAAUUUGGUAACACAUUCUGUUUCUUUAAAGAUAAAGUUGAGUUCUGGUCAUCCGAUUGCAUUGUGAAAGAAACGGUGUGGAAUCGAUCAGAAAAGGUUGAUUAGCUAGCAUAUAAGUAUUUGUAUGUAUUGCAAGGUUCUGGAAUCAUUAAAAUGAUAAGAAAUCUGGCCCAGUCUUGGUAAAGUUAAAAGCACUGUACACAGAAAGAUGUAUAUGGGACUACACAAACAAGUGGUGUAAAAAUCUGUCCCGAUUUUUACGAUGUUACAUGCCAUAUCUAGAAUAUGAAAGCAUUUGAAGAGCCAUGCUUUUCAGGGAACAUGAUUUAUCUGAUGUUCUUCCACACUUGCAUAAUAACAAUGACCAUGCUCACAAAUUAUUGUUCACCUCUUCCCAGAACUCAACUUUAUCUUUAAGUGUCUAAUUUACAGAGCUCUCUGAAUAUUCAUCAUUCUCAACAUAUAUUAUUUCUUCAUUUCUGUGUGCAAACUAUCUCCUUCCAAUGGUCAUUAAUAUUCAUCUUCUUAUUGGAGUAUGAAUUGAUAAUAAUCCUUUUAUGUAACAUAUUUGAUGUGAUGUUGCAUGUCAUUUAUUACCAUGUAUUAAAUUCUCUCAUUUUAAAAAACUUACAAUGAAGAACAUAAUGUCCCUUCAAUGUUUGACUAAUUAUCUGAUAUUCUAUAACAUGAUGAUAUGUAACUUGUAUGCAAAUGAGUUUGUACAUUUUCUAAUUCUACUGACAGAAUUUGGUCCAAAUGAAGCCUAUUUUGUACCGAGUAAUUUUGAUGGUAUUUAUCUCUAGGUCAUUAGAUAUUUUGAUAUGUAUUUCAGCUUAUGUGAUUGAAUCUAUUUUGUAUUUCUAGGACCAUGAGGAUUGUCCAUGCCACAUGUAACAUUGUUUUUGUGGUAUUUAUAGUUGUACCAGAAAAUGGGUUUCCUCAUACAGAUCUCAUUGUACAGUUGAGAGAAGGAAGUAUUUUUUCUUGUUAUAGUCUGACUUUUGUUUUACAUAUAGGUUGGUCCUUUUUUUAAUUAAUAAUAUUUACUAAUUACAUACUUGCUUGCAUGGUUGCAGAUUUAUCAAUUUUUUGUAUUUUUCUCUUACUUGAUAGUGAUUAGUCUUUAUACCUGUAUGUUUGGAAUGUUUAACUUGGAAAAACAACCUUUUUUUCAAUGAGAUUUAAGAGCAUUGAUACAACAAAUGUCUCUUAUAAAUAGAUAAUUAUCUGUCAAGUAAGACAUAUGCUUGUUUAUCUGGGAUUUCUUUCUUAAAUUGUAAAGCUUUUAAAAUACUCUUUAUUUAUUUGUUUCCAUUAUUAUAGCAAGAUGAUAUACAAUUGUGAAUAGGGGUGGUGGUAAAACUUGUAGAUUUGUAGAGUGUUACUUUUUUUUAUAAAUUGAAACAAAGCAUAUUUCCUAUGAUUAGGAAGUAUGAUUUUUUAAACAUGAACAAUUAUUGAUUUGUAACAUGCACACAUGUACAAGUACCGGUUUGUCCUCAUGAGAGAGAAUUUUUAUUUGCAGUUUAGAUGUGGAUGUGAAACGAAUAUGAUCCUUCUUGUGGAUGACGCCUCUCCUAAUGGACUUUAGUUGAACUUGCUAUGAAAUUGAGAAGGUAAUCAUGCAAAU